UUCCCGGGGGCCGGCCGCGCGCAUGCGCUCUGUGGCUUUGCGCUUGUCAUCAUGGCGACGCGGGGCCAUGUGCAGGACCCUAACGACAGGCGCCUCCGGCCCAUCUACGAUUAUCUUGAUAAUGGUAAUAAUAAAAUGGCAAUUCAGCAAGCUGAUAAACUGCUGAAGAAACAUAAGGAUCUUCAUUGUGCUAAGGUUCUCAAGGCAAUCGGUUUGCAGAGAACUGGUAAGCAGGAAGAAGCGUUUGCCUUGGCGCAGGAGGUGGCCGCACUUGAGCCCACCGAUGACAACUCGCUUCAGGCACUGACCAUUCUUUACCGGGAGAUGCACCGACCGGAAUUAGUUACAAAACUUUAUGAGGCAGCUGUGAAGAAAGUUCCUAAUAGUGAAGAGUACCACUCACACCUCUUCAUGGCUUAUGCCCGAGUGGGCGAAUACAAGAAAAUGCAACAGGCUGGCAUGGCUCUAUAUAAGAUUGUCCCCAAAAACCCAUACUACUUUUGGUCUGUGAUGAGCUUAAUUAUGCAAUCUAUAUCAGCACGGGAUGAGAACCUUUCAAAAACAAUGUUUCUGCCCCUUGCUGAAAGAAUGGUAGAAAAAAUGGUGAAAGAAGACAAAAUUGAAGCCGAGGCUGAAGUUGAACUUUAUUUUAUGAUCCUGGAACGUUUGGGAAAGUACCAGGAAGCCUUGGAUGUUAUCAGAGGGAAGUUAGGAGAGAAGCUGACAAGUGAGAUUCAGAGUCGGGAGAAUAAGUGCAUGGCCAUGUACAAGAAGCUGAACAGGUGGCCUGAGUGCAACGCCCUCUCGCGGCGCCUCCUCCUGAAAAACUCAGAUGACUGGCAGUUCUAUCUGACUUACUUCGAUUCUGUCUUUCGACUGAUUGAAGAGGCCUGGACUCCUCCUGCUGAAGGUGAACACUCUUUAGAAGGAGAAGUACAUUAUUCUGCAGAAGAGGCUGUGAAGUUUAUAGAAGAUCGCAUAGCAGAAGAAUCUAAAAGUUCUCGCCGUCUUCGUGGACCACAUCUAGCUAAACUGGAACUGAUUAGGCGUUUACGAAGUCAAGGUUGUAAUGACGAGUAUAAACUGGGUGAUCCAGAAGAAUUAAUGUUUCAGUAUUUUAAGAAGUUUGGGGAUAAACCUUGUUGUUUUACAGACCUCAAGGUGUUUGUUGACCUUUUGCCUGCUGCCCAGUGUACAAAGUUCAUUAAUCAGUUACUGGGAGUUGUUCCUUUGACGACACCAACAGAAGAUAAGCUGGCACUACCUGCUGACAUCAAAGCUUUGCAACAGCAUUUGUGUGUGGUACAGCUGACAAGAUUACUUGGCAUGUAUCACACCAUGGACAAAAGUCAGAAAUUCAAUGUGGUUAGAGAAUUGAUGCUACGGUACCAACAUGGGCUAGAAUUCGGGAAAUCGUGUUUGAAAACAGAAUUGCAAUUUUCAGACUAUUAUUGCCUCCUUGCUGUCCAUGUGCUCAUUGAUAUAUGGAGAGAAACAAGUGAUGAGACUGCUGUGUGGCAGGCCCUGACCUUGUUGGAAGAAGGAUUAACUCAUAGCCCUUCUAAUGCUCAAUUCAAGUUGCUGCUUGUACGAAUCUACUGUAUGCUGGGUGCAUUUGAACCAGUGGUGGAUCUUUACUCCAGCCUUGAUGCCAAGCACAUCCAGCAUGACACCAUUGGUUACCUUUUGACGCGGUAUGCUGAGCCCCUGGGUCAGUACGCUGCUGCAUCCCAGUCCUGUAACUUCGCACUCAGGUUUUUCCACUCCAACCAGAAAGAUACCUCAGAAUAUAUUAUUCAAGCUUACAAAUAUGGUGCAUUUGAGAAGAUCCCCGAGUUUAUUGCUUUUAGAAACAGACUGAAUAAUUCUCUUCAUUUUGCACAAGUCCGUACUGAACGGAUGCUGUUAGACCUUCUACUUGAAGCAAAUAUAUCAGUCAGCUUAGCAGAAAGUAUAAAGUCAAUGAAUCUGAAGCCUGAAGAAGAUGACAUUCCAUGGGAAGACUUGCGAGACAACAGAGACUUAAAUGUUUUCUUCAGCUGGGAACCAAAAGACAGGGAUGUUUCUGAAGAACAUAAAAAACUGUCAUUGGAGGAGGAGACGGUGUGGUUGAGAAUCCGUUCCUUAACACUGCGACUGAUCAGUGCACUUCCGAGUCUUAACCACCCAGUGGAGUCUAAGAACUCAGAGAAGACCACGGAGAAUGGCCUGUCCUCCCGGAUUGAUACUCUGCGUUUGCUCCUUCAACAGCUGGAAGUGGCCCUGGAUACCGGAAAGCAGUUUAUUGACAAACAAAUUGAGUACCCUUUCCUUGGUCCUGUACCCACCAGGAUGGCUGUAUUCUUGAAUUCUGGCUGUUCCCAGUGCCAGACUAGCGCUUUUCACCUUGUUAAUGAUAUUUAUGAACUCGACACCAAUGGUUUAGAGGAUACAACAGAUCUCCAAGAGCGAAUUGAGAAUAGUCUCAAGUCUCUGAUGGAACAGUUAAAAGAUGUCUUCAGUAAAUGUAAAGGUGACCUCUUAGAAGUUAAAGAUGGUAACUUGAAAACGCAUCCAAACCGCUUAGAGAAUCUUGUCUUCUUUGUUGAGACGGUUUCUGUCAUCCUCUGGGUGUCUGGUUACUGUGAGAGUAUCCUGCGGCCGUACAAAUUAAAUUUGCAAAAGAAGAAAAAGAAGAAAAAAGAAACCAGCAUCAUCAUGCCAUCUGUCUUUACCAGUUUCCAAGACUAUGUCACUGGACUCCAGACGUUAAUUUCCAGUGUUGUGGAUCAUAUUAAAGGGCUUGAAACACAUCUUAUUGCACUUAAACUUGAAGACCUUAUUUUAGAAGAUACAGCUUUCUCACCGGAAGAAAGAAAAUUUUCAAAGACUGUACAGGGGAAGGUGCAGAACAGCUAUCUACACUCGCUUCUGGAAGUUGGGGAGCUGCUGAAAAAAAGACUUGAGACCACAAAGAAAAUAAAGAUUUAAGGCAUUGUGAGUCAUCAGCAUGGAUGACUGCAGCAGAGAAUGACAUCUUUCCAGGCAGAAGUGACAUCUGGUUGACCAUCAUUUAAAUCCAGAACUUCCUCAUAAAAUGCAUGAAGGACUUUGAUCGUGAAUUAAUUUUUUUUUAGGUAUUAAGUAUAUACAACUGAUUAAAUUAUUGUACAUAAACCAGAAACAGGACCCUAAUGUGGGUGUGACCACUUUUAUAAAUGUUCAUAUGCAUAUGGUAGCCACAAGAGAACCCCACUUUUCUUCUUCCCUCCUGUCACCAGAAGCAUCUGGGACAGGGGCCCUAUACAAGCAGCAAUAGAAAAGGAAGCGUCAACCAGCAUCCUCCAGCAGCCAGCGGCCUUUUGGUACAGCAGUGGGAGCAUUGGUCAGGCCCGUGAGCC